AUGGAGUUGAACGUCAACGGUUCCCAUAGCCCCCAAAAUCUCUCAAUUAUCAACGCGAAGCGUCAAGUACUGCCCGGGCCUCAACUGCUGCACGAAUUGAUAGCAUCAUCCUCGGAGAACAUCAUUCUGGACUUCCUGCUGGUGGACAACCGACGGGUUACCCUCACCUACAGCGAAUUCCAUCGCCUAACGGACCUGCUGUCCCAGGACAUCCAGGAGUAUACCUCGCAGAGACUGGAUAGAAAAUGCAUCAUCCCCGUCAUCAUACCUCAGUCUCCGGAAUUGUAUGUGGCAUUGGUGGCAGUAUUGAAAUCUGGUUCUGCAUUCUGUCCCGUCAGUCAAGAUGUGCCUCCAGAAAGGCUGAAAUUCAUUCUCGAAGACACUCAGUCAACCUUCGUGCUGGCAACCACCACCACGGCGGCUGUUUUCCAGGAUGCUCUGUCAAAUAUCCAAUACAAGACUGUAUCUUUGGGAGAUCUUCAAAAAAUGUCACGUCGGGCACAGGUGGAUGACUCCUAUCCUCAACACCGUCAGCCCACCAAACCCUCCAGUCCAGCGUACGUCAUGUACACUUCAGGCUCGACAGGACUUCCAAAGGGCGUGGUAGUAUCGCACUUGUCGGUAUCACAAUCAUUACUUGCGCACGACGAGCACAUUCCCACGUUUAAAAGAUUUUUACAAUUUGCUUCACCAACAUUUGACGUCUCCAUAUUUGAGAUAUUCUUUCCAUUUUUCCGGGGGGCGACAUUAGUUGGCUGUGACCGUGAGCGAAUGCUUACCGAUCUCCCUGCCACUAUUCAAAUGCUAGACGCAGACGCUGCCGAACUCACCCCGACGGUUGCGGGGACGUUAUUGAGAACCAGGAAGGCGGCCCCUUGCUUACAGACGCUGCUGACAAUCGGAGAAAUGCUCACAGCUUCAGUCGUUUCCGAAUUCGGAGGGAACACGGAUGAGCCGAGCAUGCUGUAUGCUAUGUACGGUCCUACGGAGGCGGCGAUCCAUUGUACUGUGGCACCCCAGCUAGCUGCUCAUGCUUCCGUACGCAGUAUAGGGAGACCAUUGGUGACAGUGACUGCGUUUGUCCUGAAAGAAGGCGAACCACUUGAGAUAGCACCAAUUGGCGAGUCUGGUGAACUGGCAAUUGCGGGCCAGCUUGCUGAUGGAUACUUGAAUCGGCCAGAACAGAAUCAAGCUGCCUUCGUGGAGCUCGCCGGUCAUGGAUCAAUCUAUAAAACCGGCGAUCGAGCAAUCUGUCGUCCAGGUGGGCAGCUAGAAAUCCUGGGACGUAUGACAUCCGGCCAAGUCAAGCUUAGGGGCCAACGAGUCGAGCUGGGAGAAAUCGAAGAAGUCGCUUCAAAAACUGAUGGUGUUCAUCUCACCAUUGCAACCAUCAUCGACGAUGUUCUGGUCCUCUUCUGUGCUGCAAAACAUGAUGUUAUGGCUUCUGACAUCUCCGCCCAAUGCAAAUCAUGGUUACCGCCAUACAUGCGUCCAGGCGAGAUCGUGCUCUUGUACAAUGACGUUCCUCGACUGCCUUCCGGGAAGAUCGACCGCAAAGCGCUUGAACGCAAGUAUCGAGAACAUCAGGUACCAAUCAACCACGAGACCCCUUUUGAGAGCCCGAUAGAGGAAGAUGUAGCUCGAGUCUUGAACGCUGAGCUGAGGUGCCAAGUCGACAGACUCACCUCCUUCUGGUCACUGGGCGUCGAUUCCCUUCGAGCGAUUAAGAUUGCGUCUUGCUUGCGCCAACAGUACAGUUGUGUCAACGCCACGAUGAUUUCAGAAGCCGAUAAUGUGGCCACACUAUCAAGUCUGGUUGCUAAGUCAAAGAACACAGAAAGUGGGAGACAUGCGCCUAAUUACGAGGCGACCGACGAAUGGCAAGGAAUCAAGGCAAAAGUGCCGCAAGAUCUUAGCAUCUCAAACCUCAAAACGCCUUACGCAAAGAUCUUACCUUGCAGUAGCAUGCAGGUUGCCAUGUUGACCGAGACAGCCUCGAAGGCGGACCAGAAUUUUAAUCAAAUCUGGCUCAGGCUCGGACCGGAGUUGACACUGAAAGACCUACAUCGAGCCUUUGAUCAGCUUUCCAGGAAGAAUGAGAUACUGCGAUCCGGAUUCGUCGCGACUGGGAUACAGGAGAUGCCCUUCGCGCAGAUUGUGUGGCGGGAACUUCCAUGCGAUCCCGAGUUAAGUCUUCUGCAUCCCCUGCAGCUGGUAAACUCGGAAACGGAGGACGAGAGAGACGUCCUUGUGUGGGUCCACCAUGCUUUAUAUGAUGGAUGGUCCUGGGAUUUGAUCCUAGACGACUUGCACGCCAUCUUGUCCGGAGAGGGUGCGCCUCUACGGACACAAUUCUCCGAGUUUCGAGCCCACGAGUACAGUCGUUUGAGGACGGAGAAGGCAGGAAAUCUCGAGUAUUGGCGUGACCAACUCCAAGACUUCAAACCCUCUGCGUUUCCAAUGAUAACACCUGUCCCAUCGGAAACACCGUCCAAAAACACAACUGAGUUGCUACUUUCCAUAACGUAUGAAGAGCUCUCUCACUUUGCGUCAGCCUCCCGCUGUAGCCGAGAGACGGUUCUAGAGGCAGCCUGGUCACUUUUGCUCUCAUCAUAUCUCGACAACGCGGACGUCGCUGUUGGAGUGGUUGUGGCUGGCCGCCAUUUCUCACUUGCAGGUAUUGAGUCGAUCAUUGGACCUUGUUUAUCAUUAUUUCCACUUCGCGUCGAUAUCAGUGCUUUAAGAACAAUACACGAUGUCCUCAAUCACAUCCAACGACAACGCAGACAGUUUCUUCGAUACGGAAGCAUUGCCCUACGGGACAUCAAUAACGCGGCAGGUCUCCGCCCGGGGGACAGGCUGUUCGAUACGCUGUGCGUUUGGCAACAGGACAGCGAAGAGAAUAACAGGGAUCGCUCCAGUGUUGCAACCUUGAGAACACAUGAUGCCUUGGAAUACGCCAUAGUGUUAGAAUUUGAGCCCCGUCAGGAUCAGGUCUAUUUGAAGUUGACUUUUGACACAACACUUAUUCCAGAAGGUCAUGCGAAGCUUUUAACUCGCCAGCUUGAUAAUGCUAUCUCUCGAAUUUUGAGCAACCUUGACCUCAGUUUGAGCUGCUUUUGGGAAAGUUUUGACAAGAAUACCUUAUCCAUGGCCAACACCUACUUCCAGAAAUUCAGUGGAGAUUUCGAUCUGACAACAACCAUCUCAAAACUUGCAGAGUCCUGUCCAGGGAGAGCAGCCGUUGAGUUCGUGCAUAGCAUCGAUGGGCAAACGGGUCAGAUGAAAAAGGAAAUCCUCACUUAUGGCGACCUUUACAGACGCGCACAAAUCAUUGGCCGGGUAUUGCGGACGGAGUACAACGUGCAGAUUGACGAUCUUGUCUGCCUGACAGGCCCUCGCUCGAUUCACCUCUACAUUGGCAUCCUUGGGACCAUCAUGGCUGGGGCCGCAUACAUGUGCGUCGACCCCCGAACGCCGGCAGCUCGAGUGCGCCAAAUUUUGAGCGAAGCUAGAUGCAAGCUUAGCCUGUGUGCAGAGGAUGUACAUGAGUCAAAGAAGAUUGAUGCACCAACAUCUAUCUCCAUAGCUAGCUUGUUGGAGCAUCAUUCCAUGACAAGUACCAGCAACAACCCAUCCCCGAAGGGCGAUCAAUUAGCAUACGCGGUGUUCACCUCUGGCAGCACUGGUGUUCCCAAAGGGGUUCUCCUUAGCCGCCGCAACCUACUCAGUAACCUGGAGGAGCUGUCACGUAUCUACCCAUGCGAUCCUGGGAGAGAUCGACUACUGCAAGCCUGCUCCCCAGCAUUCGACGUCUCGGUCUUCGAGAUCUUCUGGGCUUGGCACAAGGGGAUAUCUUUGUGCACAGCAUCGAAUGAUGUCCUGUUCAGAGACCUUGAACUAUUCAUUAAGCAGAUGAAUAUAACUCAUUUAAGUAUGACCCCGUCGGUGGCCGCUCUUGUUCGACCCGACAACGUCCCACACGUGAAAAUGUUGGUAACCGCUGGAGAGCCCAUGAACUCGAAGGUCUUCAAAGAUUGGGCCGACCACGGACUAUACCAAGGCUAUGGCCCCAGUGAGACGACAAACAUAUGCAACGUUCGACCCAAAGUCUCGAAAUCUGAUAUGCCAAACAAUGUUGGUCCUCCGCUACCGAACACAUCCAUCUUUAUUUGUCGAAGGCAAGUUCUGAACCCUGCCAAUGACUCAUCCAAUGAUCAGUCCUUUCUGCAAUUUCAGCCAGUAUUAAAAGGUGGAGCAGGCGAGAUAUGGGUCGGCGGAGAACAGGUGGGACGCGGAUAUCUUGAUCAGGAGCUGACCUCGAAGAGCUUCUUUGAUCAUCCCGAAUACGGUCGGCUCUACCGCUCGGGUGACAUCGGAAGACUUCUUUGUGAUGAUUCUUUAGUUAUAUUAGGCCGAGAAGACGAUCAAGUCAAGCUCCGGGGUCAAAGGAUUGAACUAGGAGAGGUGAAUUCCGCGCUGAUCAAGUGCAAUGAAGUUGAAGAUGCCGUAUCUCUGGUCAUCGACAAAGGAGACGAUACUGCGAGCCUUGUUGCUUUCUGGACUACACGUCAAUCCCCCAGGCCAACGGAUCCCGGCGGCGUGAACACCGCCAUUUUCGAAACGAUGGCAAAUAGCUUGCCAGAUUACAUGAUACCGGACAGCCUUAUACGCAUUGACAAGAUACCAUUGACGCGCCAGGGCAAGAUCAAUCGCGCAGAUUUGAUCACCUACUAUCGAAAUCUUGACACAGAACAGCUCCAGGCCAUGUCCAGAGGCACCAAGCCAUCGGAAGAUGUUAAUCCCCUUACUGAUUCUGAAUACGUUAUCGCUCGUGUCGUUGGUGAUGCGCUUGGCGUCAAACUCGAGAAGAUCAACCAUGCUACCUCUUUCUACGCCCUUGGUUUAGACUCGAUCAGCGCAAUACACGUCUCGCGAGCCCUCCGAGACCAUUACCCCGUUGUGGAAAUAUCCUCAUUGAUGCGAAAUCCAUCCGUCAGACAACUAUCGAGGUACAUCGAGAGACACGCUCCGGAGCAUAAUACAUUCCACGAUAAGGGAGAUCUGGGUCGUCUCUUUGAAAAGUGGCAAGAUCAGAUCCGUGGUCUCUAUUCCCGUGCAGGGCUGGAAGUAGAGAGGAUCCUUCCAUGUACGCCUUUGCAAGAAUCUAUGGUGACCAGCUCAAUGAAUGUCUCUUCCCGAGUUUAUCGAAACACUUUACGCUUCAACGUCUCUGGCAGCACCUCGCGGCUACGCCAGGCAUGGGAACACGCAGUAGAAAGGCAUCAAAUCCUUCGCACUGGCUUUGCGGCGAUCGAGUCUGCUGAAUCUCCUUUUGUGCAGGUAGUGUUGAAAAAUUUUCAUCUUCCUUGGCUGGAAGAAAGCACGCAAGACAUCGGUUAUGCUUUGGAUGGCCUCAUGGUCCCGCCGUGGAGUCUUGAAGUCAGAGGGAGCACAGAGCUGAUCCUGAAAAUACAUCACGGUCUUUACGAUGCAGAAGCGAUGGCCGUCCUGUUAAGAGAGGUUCAAUCCCUUUAUCACGGGUGCCAACUACCUCCAACAAUCCUGUUCGAUACUUAUUUGUCCUUUAUGGAAGCCUCGAAUGCUAACAGUACAUAUGAUUUCUGGCGCACAAAGCUACAAGGUGCUUCUUUGCGCAAGCUAAAUGAAGUCAUACUGCCUGAUGAUAAAGCCGGUCCUGAUACCCAUUCUCUGGUGGAACGUAGGGCCACAAUCGGUGUUUCCCAACUUCAACAGUGUGCGCGAAAGAUGCUCUCGACCCCUUCAGCCCUGUUUCAAGCUCCAUGGUGUCGACUUCUUUCUUGUAUCUUCGAGAGCCAGGAUAUCUGCUUUGGCAACGUCCUUAGCGGUCGCAACCUUCCUAUCGAUGGCAUGGAGAGGAUGGUCGCUCCAUGCUUCAACACGGUUCCAGCGAGAGUGCAAAUGCAGCCUGACAAAUCGAAUCAGGAAAUAUGUCAAUGCAUUCAACAGAUGAAUGUCGAGACCCUACGACAUCAGUCGAGCUCGCUUCGUAAAAUUCAGCAAGCUGUCGGCACCCAAGGCACACCAUUAUUUGAUACCUUGAUCUUGCUCCAACAAGACGAGCUGCGGCUUGAUCAUCAGGUCUGGACUCUGGUUGAGGAAUCAGGAGAUAUGCCUUUUCCUUUCAUACUUGAAAUCAUGAUGGAUUCAAGGGAUGGUAUAAUCACCCUCAAAUUGCACUCUGAGGUUGCUGAAAGGAAGACAUUGAGCAAAUUGCUGGACGUCUACGACGCUCUCCUUAUGCACACCGCCAAAUAUCCGCAAGCAAGAGCCUUGGACUAUUCCUUCAUCGCCGGGAUGUUGCCAAGAUUGCAGCCUUCCAUUCCGUCGAUGAUCUUUACAAGGUCAGUUGCCACUGACCAAAACGACGGACGGGUUUCCAUGGACGAACACCUGUCUCAAACGGAGAUUUUGGUCAGGGAUAUACUCGUACAAUUGAAAUCCGGUGCUCUUCCAAAGAUCUUUAGAGACACGACAGUUUUCAACCUGGGGUUCGACAGCAUCAAUGCUGUGCAGAUUGCAGCAAGGCUGCGAAAAAGCGGAUUCCAUGUAUCGACUGGGGCAAUUUUGGAAGCUGCAAGUGUCAGAAAUAUCGCUAACAUUUGCGACUCCGUGGCCCAACAAGGCAAAAAGCAUUCGCCCUUCGACUUGGAUUCCUAUGAACAAUUCUCUCGCCACUUUAUCUGUCAAAAUAACGGUCUCGACGAAACCAGCGUCCAGUCCGUAUGGCCCUGCACACCCACUCAAUCAGGUAUCCUUUCGCAUUUCCUCCGAUCGAAUUACAGGCUCUAUUUAAACCACAUGCAUUUCAGAUUGGACAAAGAUGUGGAUCUAUCAAGGUUGAGACGUGCUUGGUCUGUUGCUUUGCAGACACACCCAAUGCUAAGGACUGGUUUUGCUGAGACAGAUGACGCUAGCACACCAUUCGUCAUGAUAAUCUAUCGUCCAGAUGCGGUACAACUGCCCUGGGUCGACCAUUCAACGCAAAAAAGGCAAGAGAUAGGCGAAGAGAGGUCUACAGACAUGCACGGUCUCAUACAACCACCAUGGCUCAUUCGAGUGAUCAAAACAGGCUCCUUUCCGAGCCUUGAAUUAUCCAUGCUGCACGCCCUUUAUGAUGCACAUUCUCUUGAUAUCAUAUUGGGAGAUGUUGCUCGUGCGUAUGCAGGCUUACAACUGCCGAUGGCUGUUCCCCUUGCACCAGUCGUUUCGAAAAUCAUAGGCAUGAGCGGAGACGAAAGUUCCAAGAGGUUCUGGUUGGAUGUAUCGGCUGAUAUGUGCUCAACUCGCUUCCCUGACUUGGGAGUGUACAGUCAAGAGGCCGACAACUAUUGCGUCGCGACACGGCAGUGCAGCACGUCUCUAAAAACAAUCGAGAAUGCAUGCGCAAAUGCAGGAGCAACAGUACAAGCCCUGGUUGCUGCAGCUUGGUCUCUGUUACUUUCGGCGUAUACUGCCCAGGACCACGUUACAUUUGGUGUCAUACUCUCUGGUCGGGACUUUGACGAAGAGGAAAACAGGGUUGUAUUUCCUUGCAUCAACACUGUGCCGUUUGCGACGAGACUUCCUCAAGACCGGACCGAGCUUUUGCAAUUAGCCGUGAGGCGAAGCGCUGGUGUUUUGAAAUAUCAGCAUAGUCCACUAAGCUCGAUCAAGCGUUGGGUGCAUGCUGAAGGUGAUCUAUUCGACACUGUGAUCGUUCUGCAAAAAUAUGACAUUGAAAAAGGCCCAAAAAGGCCCUGGACGUUCAUCAAAGAUGAUGCAACUGCUGAGUACACAAUCUCCCUGGAGCUCAUACCUCAAGAAAACAGUGUACUGGAUCUCCGGGUAACUUUCCGUGAGAAGGUUAUCCCACCAGAUCAAGCUGAGUAUAUCCUUCGAGAGUUCGAAGAACUGAUGAAGAGCCUGCUCACACAAGCGACAUAUACUCCGAAGCUUCCAGAAUCACUUCUGUCGGUGGUGCCUGCCAAAGAAGAACGACUUCCAACUGCCGUCCGCUAUCUGCACGAAUUUGUGGAGCUUACAGCAAGGCAGAAACCAAACAACAUUGCCCUAGAAUUUGUGCAAAGCUUGAACGGGACCGCUCCCACAAAGGAAAGCUGGACUUACGCCCAGUUGGAUUCAAACGGAAAUAAAAUAGCUCGACUGAUCCAGAGUAAAGGGGUGCAAGUCGGAGACCUCGUGGCCGUCUGUUUCGAUAAAUGCCCUGAAGCUUCCUUUGCAAUAUUGGCGGUACUCAAAUCAGGGUGCGGCUUCAUUGCCAUUGAUCCUGGUGCACCAACUUCAAGGAAAGAAUUCAUUCUCCGUGAUUCUGGCUGCGGAAUUGUGCUCACAACAGAUGACAAGACACCAGAGUUCAAUACUAUUCCUGGUGUAUCUACUUUCGCCAUUGACAAUAUCAAUUGGCGGGAGCUGUCUGGCGAAAGGCCUCUCCUCUCGAGAGAGCUGCACACUCAAGACAUCUGCUAUUGUCUGUACACCUCAGGAACUACAGGGAUACCAAAAGGCUGCUUGAUCAGCCAUGACAGCGCAGUCCAAGCAAUGUUGUCGUUCAAGCGGAUUUUCCGUGGUAGAUGGAAGGAAUCAUCUCGCUGGCUGCAGUUCGCAUCCUUCCAUUUCGACGUCAGCGUGCUGGAACAAUACUGGAGCUGGAGCAUAGGCAUUAUCGUGACCUCCGCCCCGAGAGAUGUCUUGUUUGAGGACCUUCCGGCUACUAUCAACACUCUCAAGGUAACACAUCUUGACCUGACACCCAGUCUGGCAAGGUUGCUCACGCCCGAAGAAGUGCCCAGCCUAUGUGAAGGUGUCUUUAUCGUUGGCGGCGAGCAAGUCAGCCAGGAUAUUUUGGAAACCUGGGGCGAUACAGGUUGUCUUUACAAUUUCUACGGACCCAGCGAAGUGACGAUCGGCUGCACAGUACAUCGGCAAGUACCUAAGAAUGCGAAACCCACCAAUAUUGGUCAACAGUGGGACAAUGUGGGCUCUUUCGUCUUGGAACCUUCGUCACAGAAUCCAGUACUCCGCGGUGCGAUUGGCGAGCUUUGUUUGUCUGGACCUCUUGUCGGAAAGGGGUAUCUCAACCGACCCGACCUUACAAGAGAGAAGUUCGUAGUGCUGGCCGAAUAUGGUACGAGGGUCUACCGGACCGGUGAUCUUGUCCGCCUCCUCCAUGAUGACAGCUUCGAAUUUCUAGGCAGAAUCGAUGACCAGAUUAAACUACGUGGGCAGCGUCUGGAGAUUGGGGAGAUUAAUCAUGUCGCUAUGAGUGCAGAUGGGAGCAUCAAGGAUGUUGCUACCAUGGUCUUGAAACGCCCGACACAACAGAAAGAUCAGCUGGUGACUUUCUUCUCUACCGCCCAAAGGCGGCCGAAGAACGAGACACCUUUGAUUGUAGCAACCAGGGAUUCGCAGGACCUGGCUGCAAAGAUUCGGAUGAACUGCUCUGAUAAGCUACCGGCGUACAUGGUGCCCUCAUACAUUCUUGCAGUCUCGUCUCUGCCCUUGUCAGUCAACAACAAAGUUGAUCAUAGAUCGUUGAAAGCCUUGUAUGAGGAAAAUCUACCAGGCUCAGGGCGAGACGACUCUGGCGGAAGUCAUGUGUCGCCCGCAGAAGACCUUCAGUCUUUUCAUGAGGUGGCAAGUGUGCUGGCGCCUUUCUUGCGAAUCCAGAUAUCAGACAUCAAGCCGACUUCGAGCUUGUUCGAACUUGGGCUGGAUUCAAUCUCGGCCAUUGGGCUCUCCAGGGUUCUCAAGCGGCAGGGUUUCCAGAAUGCCGAAGUAGGAACGGUCCUCAAGCACUCUGUCAUUCAAGAUCUAGUUCGAGUCAUUACUCGAAAAGCCACUUCACACCAAGUCCGAGCCGUGGAAACCGCUCGCACGAAGAUUCAAUCAUUCCGUGAUGCUCAUUCUGGAGAAAUAGCUCGAAGUAUGGAUGUUCGACCGGAAAACAUCGAGCACGUCGCACCUUGUACUCCAUUACAAGAAGGCAUGAUUUCCAGAAUCAUGCAAAGUGGACCCGACGACAUGGUUUAUUUCUCCUGCUUUCUUUUUGAACUCGAUCCGGAUACCGACAUACAGCGACUGAAAUGGGCGUGGGACGCUGCUCAGCGGUCAACUUCCAUCCUGAGGACAUUCUUCGUACCCACACCAGAUGGUUUUGCUCAAGUUGUACUCCGCAAGUACGACAGCGCGGUCAAUAUGAUUAGCUACGAAGCUAGGAAUGGAGGCAUCCGCAAAAUCCAGGAUUCCUCUUUCAGGAAUUGGGUUGGAACUGUCAGAUCCUUAUCUACAUCAUUGCCUUGGAAAGUCGAGUUGUCAAAGUCUGGAAAUGGUGGCUUCAUGGCUCUCCAAAUCUUUCACGGGCUCUAUGAUGGAAACAGCCUUCCCAUUCUGUUGAAGCAAGUCAAGCAACAGUAUGACCAACCCGAGGAGAUCCAUAAGCUCAAAAUGCAGUUUUACGAGGCCUUGCCUUACGGUCCACUAUGUCAGCUGCCGGAUGAGAAGGAAUUCUGGCGGUUACAUCUUGCUCGCAUCCGGCCACAGAAACUACCGUUGGCCUAUGCUGAGAGUGAGACAGCUACUCAUUAUGUCGUCUUGAGGGAGCAUCUCAAGAUUGACCAUCUGCAAACCUUAUGCAAUGAGCUGAACGUUACGGUCUCGGCUUUUUUCCAGGCCAUGCUACUCUACGUGAUGCAGAGGGAAUUCAACUCCAGCCCCACAAUAGGUGUGGUGGUGUCAGGCAGAGCCACAGCCAGAGAAGAAAUCGAGCAUGUUAUCGGCCCGAUGUUUAACACUCUUCCAUGUUGCAUUGAUUCUCUCAACGACGGAGCAACAGUCUGCGAUCUCGUCCAUGCAUGUCAUCAAUUCAAUAUUGAUAUCAUUCCUUACCAACAUACGCCCCUGCGGAAGGUUGGUAAAUACCUUGGAAUGAAUGCGACCCAGGCUCUGUUUGAGACAUUAUUUGUGUUCCAGAAGGUAUCAAUGGAUCUUGGUGACAGCGCGCUCUGGCGAGCAAUUCCAACAGACAGCUCGCCAGACUAUCCACUGAAUAUUGAGGUGGAGCAGGCGGGAACUGAUUUCGAUAUCACCCUGGUCGCGAAGUCACAAUAUCUGAAUAAAGAAAGAGCCAGCCAGUUGCUACACAAGUACCUUGAUGUCGUCUGCAGACCGGAAGAGAUGGAUGUAAUCCUGCCCACCGACUUUUGCCCAGUACAAGAUUCUGUGACUCUAAAUGGAGAACCUGAAACGAACUUUCUAGCCUCCAACGGCGUUCACGAAGAAAACGAUGAUAACCCUUUGAGCACCACAGAGACAAUGAUUCGAUCUGAAAUCGCCAAGCUCGCUUCUGUGGACGGAAAGAGGAUACAUCGUCACAGACCCACGAUCUUUGAAUUGGGUCUAGACAGCAUAGAAGCUAUGAAACUCGCAGCUAGGGUUAAGAAAAAUGGGUUGAGAGUCGCUGUGAGCGCAAUCAUGAGAUCGCCCACCGUUGCAGGGAUUGCUGCAGCGGCCGCUUCAAGCGCAGAAACCCGAGCACGAACGGAAACUGGCGAGCCAGUGCCUUCCAUUGAGGAGCGUCAGAUUAGCUAUAGAAAUAUGCUGCAAGGUCAUGGAAUUAACCUUGAAGACGUGCAGGCCAUCUUUCCAGUCACACCGAUGCAGGAAGGCCUGCUCCUGGAAUCAGACAAGUAUCUGAACGUCAUGACUUUCAGAUUAGGCCCCGACAUUGAUAUGGAGAGACUGAUCGGAGCCUGGGAAAAGGUCUCCCAGACAGAGCCAAUCCUGAGGACCCACUUUGCGGUCGUCGAGACUUCAGACAGGAACACGGCUUUCCUGCAGUUUGUGAUGAAAGAAGGAAUUAAGGUGACGGUUUCUGAUGACAAGAAACUGAAUGAUGUGGUCAGGAGUCUCCAAAAAACCCUGAGCGAGCAAAAUUUGGCAGACCAGAAGACCAGCAUCGCCAUUGUCCAGGAAAAGAAGGCGUCUGUCCUUGUGCUUGCGAUGCCGCAUGCGUUGUACGAUGCUUGGUCAUUGCACCUGCUGCACCAGGAAGUCACCAGGAAUUACCAGUCUACGAAUGGCAAAACCCAAAGGCCGGCGCUGGAUCAGUAUCAAGAACACCUCGAGGAGAUAAUCAAUCAAGCGGAAAGCUCAGAAGCUCGUGAUUUCUGGGAGUCUCAACUGAUGAAUAUUCAACCCACCAUUUUUCAAGCGCACGUCGAUGAUCACGGCUCCUCCGGCCAUGCGGUCUUACUCCGCAAGCAAUCAAACACCAGCCUAAUCAGUGCUCUCAAGUUCUGUAGGCAGCAAGGAGUGACGCUUCAGACCUUGGGUCUAACAUGCUGGACAAUCGCACUUAUUCACUACACCUGUCAGUUGGAUGUAUGCUUCGGCCUCGUUCUCUCUGGUCGCACAACCGAGGACUCGGAUGGGUUGAUCUUUCCAACAUUCAACACUGUCGCCUUCAGACCACUGAUCGAAGAGAACAUGACAAAGUCACGAGCCCUGCACAGGGUACACGAUGCAGUUGUGCAAGUUUUAGAAUACCAGCACUUUCCACUACGUGAGGCUCUUCAGAUUGCACGAGGACAGGAGGUGUAUGAAGAAUUGUUCAAUACUCUGUUUACUUUCCAAAAGCUUCCAACUGCCGACGGUGGGCUUCCGGUAUUGUACGAGGAAGUGCCGCCUGAUGGAGCAUCCCUCACGCCGCCAUACCCUGUCAAUGUGGAAUUAGAGGGCGGCGGGAGUGGUCUUAUCUGGACUAUUGCAUUUCAAAACGGAGUAGCCAAUGAAGCAUUUGGACAGACCCUCCUGAGCAAGCUGGAUACUAUUCUGGCCGCUCUGAUGAAUAAUCCUGACCAAGGCCUACUGCGAAAAGAAGGCGAAAAGAUGUCGAUUUGCGGCUUACCAGGUGUGGACGUAGUCCGCAGCAAGCGCGACAGCAUAAGGACGGACUCUCAGCCUGACGAGGACCUACAGCAGUCCCAAGGCCAGGAAACUUGGACUGCGACAGAAAGUAUCAUCAGGGAUGUCCUCGCGAAAGUCUCCAACUUGGAAAAAGAGCAGGUCAAAAAGAAUAUCGGGCUGUUCCAUCUUGGGCUAGAUAGCGUCAGCGCUAUCAAAGUGGCUAGCCUGUUGAGAAAAGAGGGCGUUAAGCUUCCAGUGAGCGAGAUCAUCAGAGCACAGACGGCUGAGAAGAUGGCAGUGGCCGCUGAAAAGAUCAAAGGUGCUGUCAAGGAGACUUCCCGUACGUCAAAUAGGCGCACAGCCGACACGUCGGUACCCGAAGUCGUGAAGAAGAGCCUCAUCAUACCGGAGGGCGACAUCGAAAUGGUCAUACCAUGUACUGCCGGUCAGACAUACAUGCUAGAUAUGUGGAGUGCAAGCAAUGGCCGCCUGUUCUAUCCCAAUUUCUGGCUGAAAGUAUCCGGCGUUCCAGUGGAAGGUUUGGAGCGGGCAAUGAAGAAGCUUGUCCGAGAAACUUCGAUAUUGAGGACUCUCUUCAUUCACAACACAGACGGGGAAAGUCCAGAAACAUUCCAAGUUAUCGUGAAAAGUGAGGCAGCAGAGAAGUAUGACUUCCCCUGGACGAUGCACUUCGAUACCGCAGGGAAAGAGUUGCUUGUCGCUCUCCGCAUUCACCACGCCUUAUACGAUGCAGUGAGUUUCCAGUUGCUCAUUACACGGCUCGAGAGGAUAUGUGCAGGUACCGGCUCGCAAACCCGACCGAACACGGACAUGAGUACUCUUGUGCUUACCAACCAAGCAGCUCGUCCAAUGGCUCAAGCGUUCUGGACGCACUAUCUUGGUAAAGGUCAGGGUGCAUUGCAACCCAUGACUCGAGGUUCAUUCGCAGCACGGCGUGUUGAGAGGUUCCAUCCGACGCUUUUGCCAGUUGACAGUUUGAGCAAUCGACUGAAGCAUCAUGGACUUGGCAUUCAAGCACUCUUCUUUGCCGCGUACGCCAGGGUUUAUGAGAGGAUUCGUCGUGAGCUGGAUGCAGGGCAACUCGGGACCAAGGCUGAAUCGGGUGAUGUUGUGGUCGGAAUCUAUCUCGCAAAUCGGUCCCUUGAUAUCGACGGAAUAAUGGAGUUGGCGGCUCCGACGUUCAGCAUUGUCCCGCUAAGAAUUCGACAGGGGCAGGAGAACCUUCUUCAAUCAGCUCUACAAAUACAGCAGGAUCUAAGCGAAAUCACUAACACAGAGAAUUGUGGAGUUGCUAUGAGGGACAUUCAUACCUGGACUGGCGUCAGACUCGACACUUUUGUCAAUUUCUUGUCUCUCCCCAGUGACGACCGUCGAGAUUCACUGUCAUCUGGAGAUCAGUCCAGCAAAGUGAAAGUCACGCAUGCAGAAAUGUCGCCCGAGCAGAAGAGUAGACUUCAGGAGUUUGAUGCCGCGUCGCCUUUCAUCAACGGUAUGAAGGUUAAUGCAGAUACCACAAAGUGGUGCUUGGUCAGUCCAUCCAAUCUCCCGACUCCUUGCCUUCUGCAUUUCAAUUGA